AUGUCUUCGUACGGUUCUGCCUUACCCUCUGCGGCAAGGAGUAUUCUGUCGUCAUGCCGACCUGCAGCCCGCCAGAGCCCAAUGGCCCCAUUCCUCUCGACCUUUUACCAACAGCAACUUCGUGGAGCCAAGAGCAAUAACCCUCAAGCGCAGGGCAAGGGCAAGAAGGCAGCGAAGGCGAAGCCGAAGAAGGGUGCUAGGGAAUUUACACAGAGGGAUUUGAAGGAUAUACAGCAGUUUUCUCUUUGCGAUGCCAUGAGGUAUAUCCGUGCGAUGGAAGUCGGUCGUGAGCCCACCAUCUCGAAAUACGAAAUCCACAUCCGUUUAAAAACGAAGAAGGACGGUCCGGUCAUCCGUAACAUGCUCCGAUUCCCACACUCCGUCCAGACCGAAUCCCGCAUUUGCGUCGUCUGCCCGUCAGGCACAAAGCAUGAGAAGGAUGCCCGCGCAGCAGGAGCAGUCCUUGUCGGAGAAGAUGAGGUUUUCGACGCGGUGAAGAACGGCAAAAUCGAGUUCGACCGCCUCAUCUGCCACCCCGACAGUUUGGCUGCAUUGAAUAAGGCUGGAUUGGGUCGUGUCCUUGGUCCUCGGGGGUUGAUGCCUAGUGCUAAGACGGGUACUGUGGUUGAAGAUGUGGCAUCGCGAGUCGAGAUGUUGCGGGGCGGUACGAUCUACAGAGAAAGAGAUGCUGUUAUCCGGAUACCCAUUGGUCAGCUGGCGUUCUCCCCGGAACAGUUGCGUGACAACCUGCGGGCAACCAUUGACCAGGUCAAGAAGGAUGCAUCUGGGCUUAACGACCGUAUUGUUAAGGAGAUCUAUGAAGUGGUGCUGAGUUCGACGCACGGUGCUGGCUUCAGCUUGAAUGGCGAGUUCAAGUCGGAUGACUCGCCAGAUACCACGGCUUUGCGUGGCGUGUAA